ACAGAACAAGAUGCACGUCAGAAAGAAAUACAAGAUGAGCUGAGACGAGAAAGAGAGAUGUUUAAAGAUGAAAUACAGGAAAUUGUGCGAGAAACAGAGGAAAUAAAAAAAGAAAAAGUAAAACUUCAGAUCAAUUAUGACACAGAAAUAGACAAACUGAUGAAUAAACUAGAGACUGCUAGACAGAAUCAUGAAGAAGAGAUAAAAAGAAGAGAAGAAGAGUUUAAUGAGAGGGAAGAACAAUACCUAACACAAAUAAAAGAGAAAGAGGAGAAAGAGAGAGAGAUCUAUGAAAUCAUGAAGAAAGAACAAGAGGAAUGGGAGAGACAGAAACAAAAUGAAGAAAAGAUGAGAAGAGAAGAAGAUGAGAAACAAAGAGAGAGAGAACAGAGAAUGUGGGAUGAAUUUAAUCAGAGACUGACACUAGAAAGAGAGAUAAUGGAAACAGAGAAAGAAGAUCUUCAUUCUAAACAUGAAGCACAAGAAAACAGCAUGAAGAUCUUAAUAGAGAGAGUGGAGCAAAUGAACAGAGAAAGAGAAGAAAUGAUGAGAAAACUAGAGGAAGAGAGAGAGGCCAUGAAGAUGAUGAUAGAGGAAGCAAAACAGAACCAAGACAAAGAGAAAAAGAGAAGAGAAGAAGAGUUUAAUGAGAGGGAAGAACAAUACCUAACACAAAUAAAAGAGAAAGAGGAGAAAGAGAGGGAGAUCUAUGAAACCAUGAAGAAAGAACAAGAGGAAUGGGAGAGACAGAAACAAAAUGAAGAAAAGAUGAGAAGAGAAGAAGAUGAGAAACAGAGAGAGAGAGAACAGAGAAUGUGGGAUGAAUUUAAUCAGAGACUGAGACUAGAAAGAGAGAUAAUGGAAACAGAGAAAGAAGAUCUUCAUUCUAAACAUGAAACACAAGAAAACAACAUGAAGAUCCUGAUGGAGAGAGUGGAGCAAAUGAACAGAGAAAAAGAAGAAAUGAUGAGAAAACUAAAAGAAGAGAGAGAGGCCAUGAAGAUGAUGAUAGAGGAAGCAAAACAGAAUCAAGAAAAAGAGAGAAAGAGAAGAGAAGCUAAAUAUGUUGAAAGAGAAGGACAAUUAAAAAGGGAUCUCAUAGACAGAGAAGUAAGAUAUAAAAGAGAAGUUGAAGAGAAAAGGGAAAAUGAGAACGAGAUAAGAGAUAAUACAAAAACAGGACAAGAGACAUUUCAAAAAGAAAUGGUGGAAAUAAGGCAAGAAAAAGAGAGUGUGAAGGAAGAAAAAGAAAAUAUUCAGACCGUUUAUGACACACAAAUAAUUCUGCUGAGAGAAGAGAAAGAGAGCAAGAAAAAAGAAGAGACAUUCUGCGAGAAAGAAGAACUAUAUAAAGUGGAGAUGGUGAUAAUAGAAGAUGAAAACUGUAGAGAGAGAGAAAAACAGAUUUCCUAUGAUCAGUAUCAGAGACUCAAGAGUGAAACGGAAGGAGAAAUCAGCGAGACAGAGAGAACGGAAAGAGAGAGACGAGAACAACUAGAGCAAAUUGAGAAGAGACUGAAAGAAGAGAAACUCCAUGAAGAACAACAAGAAGAUGAACUGAAGAGAAGACAAGUGGAGUGUAGAGAGAAAUGUGAAAGAGAGGUGGAGAUUUGCUCAGAAACUGAAGCUUCACUGCAGGUUACAUCCAUUCUGGAAACUGAGAACAAACUACACAAGAAAACAGAAAAUGAAGCAAUAUAUGAAGAUGUGGAAUAUGAUCUUCAAAGAGAACCGAAGAAGACAAAUGAAGAAGAGGAAAAACCAAUGUCAAAAAUUCUUUGAUGUUGAAACUGGUUCGAUGGAAAAAUUAUUUGAGCUUAAAAUCAAAGAGCUUCGGGAAACAUUGUGAGAGAGACAAAGAGGGUUUUAAAUGAAAUUCUUAAGCAGCAAGAUCCAAAGAAGUAGAUGCUCAGAGAACACAACAUGAAAACACCCUAUUUGAAAAGAGCGAAGAACUUGCCUUCAAAACAAAACAAAUGAUUAAGAAACACUGAAGAAAAAGUUUGAUUUGUUGAGGGAAUAAUAUGUUCAUCAGACACUCUGAUAUCGAUGUAGUGAGAGAUGUGAGAAUGGUCCUCGGUAAUGUCAGUGAGUGUGCUCUUUUAGGUCAGUAGAGGGAGUUUCAUCAUAGGUGAAGGGUGAAGGGGUAGGGGGGUCUCAAUUCUCUUUUGGUUGGAGGUAGGGAUGCACCGGUUGACCGGCCAUAAAUCGGAACCGGACGGUUUUUGCUUAAAAUACGCGAUCUGCAAUUUUUUGUUGUAAUCGUUUGCUAUGUCAUUUGUGUGGAAGAGUAUUUCGAAAUCUGUGCGCAGGACACAGGCAGCCGAUCAGUUCUGGAAAUGCAGAGUUUCAUGUCUGAGGCACAGAUAGCAGGAAGCGAUCAGCCGUUGGUGUACUGCCGCACAAAUAAGAGCCUUUCCUGCGCACUGAAGCUGUGCGAGCAUAUCUGUACUGGUCCACGCCCUGAACACGAGUAGACCGUGAAGAGAUGUUCAGCUCAACUUCUCACGUGUUGGAUGAGAAACGAA